CAAAGAUUUGAAAGGAUCCAACCCAUUAUCUUCUCACUUUUCUAUUAUUUCCGAUGGCUAACUUUCCUUCUCUGAAAGUAAUUGAGGUCUCCAAAGUCUCCCCUCCUCCCACAGCGGCAGCGCCCAUAUCUCUUCCCCUCACUUUCUUUGAUUUGUUCUGGUUAAGGUUUUAUCCAAUUCAACGUCUUUUUUUCUACGAAUUUCCAUCCAAUCAGAUCUCGUCUUACGAUGUCAUUGUUUCGAAGCUCAAGAGCUCUCUUUCUCUCGCUCUUUGUCACCAUCUUCCUUUGGCUGGCAACCUCGUUUGGCCAUCGCAAUCCGAUGUACCUGUCAUUGAAUUUGUAGAAGGUAAUGGGGUUUCCAUGACGGUGGCGGAGUCCGACGAUGAUUUUGAUCAUCUUUCUGGUAACGGAUUUCGAGAAGUUUCGGAUUUUCAUCCUCUUGUUCCUGUAUUGACAGUCUCUCAUGAUCGUGCUGCAGUUAUUGCUAUUCAGGUAACCAAAUUUCAAAACAAAGGUUUUUCGAUUGGAAUAACCAAUCACCAUGCAAUCUUCGAUGGAAGAAGCUCAACUUCAUUUAUCAAAUCAUGGGCUCAAAUUUGCAUGGAAGAAUCCUCUGUACCAACCCCCAAACAAGUGCCAUUAUAUAAUAGGUCAGUUAUAAAUGAUCCAAAAGAUCUUGCAAAAAUCUAUGCAAAAGCAUGGAAAGAUGCGGAAGGACCCAACAACAAAAGCCUAAACCUUAAAUUCCCCCAAACAAAACAUGGUUUAGUUAGAAGCACUUUAGAAUUCACACACCAAAACAUUCAAAAGCUAAAGGAAUGGAUCUUGAACAAGAAGAUCGAAAAUGAAAAGUUUGAUUCUUCUUCUCACAUAUCUACAUUUGCAAUAGCAACAGCUUAUCUUUGUGUUUGUACAGCCAAAUUAGAAGGUUUAAAAGAAGGGAAAUUAUGGUUUGUGUUUGCAGCUGAUGCAAGAACUCGUUUAAAGCCACAAGUGCCAUUGAAUUACUUUGGAAAUUGUGUGGUUGCUGGGUUUGUUGGUCUUGAAAGGUCUGAACUUUUGAGUGAAAAUGGAAUAAUUUUGGCUUGUGAUGAGAUUUCAAAAGCUAUUAGAAAUUUGGAUGAUGGACCUUUAAAUGGGUGUGAGAGUUGGGGGUCAAGGAUGAGCCAAGAAGUGACAAAUGAUUAUUUAAAAAUGCAAGGCAUAUCUCUAGCUGGUUCACCAAGAUUUGGAGUUUAUAAUAUUGAUUUUGGAUUAGGAAAGCCAAAGAAAGUGGAGAUUGUGUCAGCAGAAUCGCCAUAUGUUUUUUCUUUGACUGAGAGUAGAAAUAGUGAUGUGGUAAUGGAGAUUGGUGUUGUUAAGAAAAGGGAUGAAAUAGAAGCUUUUGUUGGUAUAUUUAAUCAAGGCUUUGAAUAAUCUAUUUGAAAUGAUCAUCAUUGGGAUUGUUUUAAAAAAAAUUGUUGGCGUUUGGAGUUUUGCUACAUUUUUAAUAAUGAUGUUUAAUUUAAUAGGUUAAAAGUAGUAUUCCAUUUGUUUGGAUGUGUGGUUUAUACGACUUCUUGUGUAGUUUACAAGCGUUGUUUCAUUUUAGUCAUGGUACUUUUGUGUAUGUCUAUUUAAUUUUUCAAUAGAUUUAUACUUAGUUGCUUUAUUGUUAAUUUGUUUGUAGUUAAGCACUAUAAACAUUUUGGUUUUGGAAGUUAAGCGUGUAAACCCUAAUUUUAUUAAGAACGUUCUUUUUCUUAUUA